GGUGAAAAAGGCCAUUAAUUAUUCAAGCAGGAAGAUGAAGCAAGUGCCAAAGGAGGAUGCGACCAGCCACGUGCCAGCUACUGUGCGAUCUAUGCAAAGCGAGUCGCGUCGGUCGGAAAACGAACGAAAAGGUAAAAAGAAACGUAGAGAUCCAAAAAAACGACGCUAGGCCGGCGUCGUGUGGAAAUGGGAAUUGGCUACCCAACAACGAAAGGACCGAGAGUGGGACUGGAUCCCUAUACCCACCUGUUUUCUACUCGUUACCCAGAUGCAGAGCGGAUAUGUGCUAUAUCCGUCUCCUCUGUUCUUUUCUCGUCUAUAUCUACCCAAAAUUGGACGAGAAAGGUUCUCUGCACCUUCGCAAUUGAUCAAUCUAACCCGCUUCCAUCUCGAUUCCUCUUUACUUUGUGAACGCAUACUCAAACUUGCCCAACCAACCCAUCGCUCACCAUGGCGCUCACUGAAUCAGACGGUCUUAUGAUUACUCUCCCCUCUACACUCCCGAUUACUUCUUCCCAUUCUCAGGAGACUAUGACUACUCCACCUACCUUGACGUUUGCAAACUCCAAGUCACUGACGACUCCUCCCCUAAACCGUUCCUUGCCCAACCUUGGUUUGGCUGACGGCAGCACGACUUGUGCCCCAGGCUACAUCCUCAUCUGCAUUCACCACGACCCAUUGUCUCGUUACACGCUCGGGAUCAACUUUACCGCCUUUGUGGGUCUUUGCCCCACCAGCCCGGUUACCACCAGCACCGCCGACUGCCCCGCCUUUCCCUCUUCCACACCCAAAUUCGCCGACCAUAUGCGAUGCCACGUCAUCCAGCGUUUGCUGCACACUGUCAUGCACGACCAUCUCGCCAACAUGACGGAUUGUCACACCUGGGAAUCACUGGUCAAUGCGGUGUACGAUUACUGCACGUGGACUAUGGAAUGUAUCCUCCUCGGUACCGAUGCAAAUGUUCGAUUCGGGGUUUCUUGUUAUCCCUUUUUGAAAGAGCUCGAAGAGGCGGCAAGGACGCUCAGGAGGGAUAGUAUGGGCGAGUGGGAUGACGUGGUGCAGAUUGGGGUGGAUAGGUUGUUGGAGACACUACCUUGCGGUGAAUGGACCUUGACCAAGAGAAGGAUUGAAAAGGAACGAUUGCCAGAGUUUCCGAAAGCCCAAACUCAAGUCAAGGCCAAGCGUGAGGCCAGACGUCCGGCGGCACCUUCGAUCCCAGCUCCAGCUGUCAUUCCUGUCCCUGCACCUGCUCCGCUUAUUAUCAAGCGCAAAAGAUACAGCAGCCUACGCACGCUGAUGGGCCGUGCGGGGUCGGUGGUUGGCAGGCAGAAGAUGCGGGCAAAGGCGUCUGCGGUUAUCGAGAAGGGAAAGGUUGGCUUCCACGACAGGCAAACGGUCCAGAGGAUGGAGCCGGUCUCGUCCAUGUCUGGUCCUGCGAGCCUGUCUUGCAUGUGAUUGUUCGUGGGCGGUGAGGACAGUUAGUCAGUACUUUGAAGCUGUGUAUAUACCAGAAUGUGAAUGCAGUGUUUCCGU